UUGAUUGACUUGGAUUGAAUCAGUCUCUAUGACGACGUCGGUUCUGAUGCCCAUUGAUUUGAGAAAACCUCUCACUUGUGGGGUUGCAUUAUUGCAAUUUUUAGCGGCUUUUAUUUGUGUCUUGUUUAGGAUUUGCUCAUCAGAUAAAGUUCCUGCAGUUUUUGUGUUUGGAGACUCGCUGCUUGAUUCUGGCAAUAAUAACUAUCUUGUUUCAUUCGCCAAGGCAGACUACAACCCCAAUGGAAUUGACUUUGGAGGACCGUCAGGACGUUUCACCAACGGAAGAACCAUUGCAGAUAUCUUAGCGAAUGAAUUAGGUCUUAGUUUCAUUCCUCCUUAUAUGGCUCCAACUACACAAGCAUCUGCUAUUCUCAAGGGAGUCAAUUACGCUUCAGGUGGAGGUGGCAUUUUACUUCAUACUGGACAAAUUUGGGUUGGUCGAAUCAACAUGGACGCUCAGAUAGAUAACUUUGAAAACAACAGGCAAGACAUGAUUUCCAUGAUGGGUGAUUCUGCAGCGCAAGAUCUAUUGAAAAAAGCUAUCUUUAUAGUAUCCUUGGGAUCCAAUGAUUUCCUCAGCAACUAUAUAGCACCCACAGUCACCAGUCCUGCUGAGAGGGACUUGAUAUCUCCUCAAGCGUUUGUCGCCUCCAUGGCAUCAACCUUCAGACAACAGCUCACUCGAUUGUUCAAUCUGGGAGCCAGAAAAUUUAUGGUCGCAAAUGUGGGGCCUAUUGGGUGCAUACCAAGUCAAAGGGAUAUAAACCCAGGCGCUGGAGAUGGGUGUGUGAGCUUCCCGAAUCAGCUAGCUCAGUCUUUCAACUCUCAAUUGAAGAGCCUCGUUGAGAAACUCAACAAGAACUUGCAAGGAUCAAUAUAUGUUUUUGCAGAUAGUUACCGCAUCAUGCAAGACGUUCUGCAGAACUACAAGGCAUAUGGGUUUGAGAAUUCAGAUUCGUCGUGCUGUCACCUGGCUGGAAGAUUUGGCGGUUUGAUCCCUUGCUUUCCUGAAUCAACAGUUUGUGAGGAUCGUUCCAAGUACGUGUUCUGGGACGCUUUCCAUCCCUCUGAGGCAGCAAAUAUGAUCGUUGCAAAACGCAUGUUAGAUGGUGAUGCUAACGACAUAUGGCCCAUGAAUGUUCGGAAACUUUCUCAAGCUUGAUGUGUGUGUGUGUGUGUGUGUGAAAGCUUAUGAUAUAAUCGUUAAUUGUUGUUAAGUUGUAGUUGUGUGUGUGUGUGUGUGUGUGUGUGUGUGUGUGUGAGAAAGCUUAUGAUAUAAUUGUUAAUUGUUGUUAAGUUGUAGUUGUUUGGUAUGUUGUUGCCUUAUGUUUAAUUUCUCGACAUUUUGGACAUCAUGCUAAUAAAUGUAUGAAAUAAAAUUUGAAGUUUUUAA